AUAUAUCUCUUCGUCUUAAAGACCAGAAAAACACUCAAAAAUGUCGAUUAUGAGCUACACUGGUGGAACCGUCGUCGCCAUGGCUGGAGACGAAUGUGUGUGCAUUGCUUCGGAUCUUCGUAUUGGAGAGCAGAUGACAACAAUUGCAACUGAUCAGAAGAAAGUGCAUAAGGUGACAGACAAGGUCUACGUAGGACUUGCUGGAUUCCAAUCCGAUGCUCGCACAGUCUUGGAGAAAAUUAUGUUCCGCAAGAAUUUGUAUGAGCUCCGUGAGAAUCGCAACAUCAAGCCACAAGUGUUGUCCGAGAUGAUCUCGAAUCUGGCUUAUCAGCACCGCUUUGGCAGUUAUUUCACCGAGCCACUCGUUGCUGGUUUGGACGACACCAACAAGCCAUAUAUCUGCUGCAUGGACACUAUCGGAUGUGUAUCUGCUCCACGCGAUUUCGUUGCUGUCGGAACGGGACAAGAGUACUUGCUUGGAGUUUGUGAAAACUUCUGGCGCGAGAACAUGAAGCCGGAUGAGCUCUUCGAGGCUACUGCUCAGUCGAUUCUUUCUUGCUUGGAGCGUGAUGCUGCAUCAGGUUGGGGAGCAGUCGUGUACACAAUCACUAAGGAUAAGGUUAACGUCUCAACUAUCAAGGCUCGUAUGGAUUGAGAAAUUUUCCCCGUUCCCAACAUUAAGUGUAUACAAUUUAAUCUAAUUUAUUUGUUUCUCUUUUCCCUGUCUCAUCCCCACACCCCAGACCGACCGGUUACCGUAUUUUUCAACUUUUAAAUUCUUUUGUGUUGGUUCUUCAAUAUCGAGAAUACAUUUAUCACCCAUUAUGACUUGUAAAUGUUUUAUCUUU